UUGUACAGUAUGCGCAAGUGCUUAUUUGUCACUGCCCACCUGUGUAAUCCACACAUUUUUUUAUCAGUGGAUUCUUUUUGUAUCCUGAGCAUGUGCAAUAUGUGCCAAAUAAACUUCUUCAAAAAUGAUAUGAUACAUGGUAGAUGAGUUAUCCUGAGAUACGGGCAAAUCUGAGAUACGAGUUCCAAGGUGCCCGGAUAAGAGACGUCCGAGUGUGCCGCUUAACUUGCACCAAUUAAUAAUUUAAAUGAUCACUAAACCGAAUAAGAAACCAGGAAACCAUGACGAACAAACUACCGGUAACUAAUACUAAAAACUACGUGAAGCUCAACAUCUUUGGAUCGGUGUGUGCAUAAACAGUUACACUGAACAUGUACAUAGUCUUAUUUGUACAGCAUUGAAGCACAAUCAGCAGCCCCUAGCACACAGCAUAGCCAAGCUGUAGGAUACUGAGAUGGGUUGAGGGUGAGAGAGAGAGAGAGAGAGAGAGAGAGAGAGAGAGAGAGAGAGAGAGAGAGAGAGAGAGAGAGAGAGAGAGAGAGAGAGAGAGAGAGAGAGAGAGAAGCAUACCUUUCCAACUAACUUCCACGAUUCACUCGGACUCUGUGUCAUCCUCUGCUCUGGUCUCGGUCUCUUCCUGAUGACACUUUUACUCGUGCUGCAGGUUACACUGUUGGCAGCAUCCAUCGCCUCAUUGAACUCCACUUUAACAUGGAAGGUGAUGCGCCGUUUGGCUUGCACACGGAGCCUGACUGCGGGGCUUGAGAAUAUCUUGCCGGAGUCGUCUCUGAUGAAUUGAUUUUGAUUAAUCGAUUGUACAAGGCGUACAUACCCUCUGCAAUAGCUGCAUAGGGGAAUGCCCGGCAGAGCAGGUCAGGAGCGCAUGCAGGCAGGUUGUUCGAGAGUUGGAGUGAAUGGGGAGGCCUAUGCUGUGUGUGCAUAUUUGGACGAUGCGCGGUUCAUCCGCAUUACGCUCAGCAAGUACUUGUAGUCCCCACUGAGCACAAUGGAGAUGGGCACUUUUGCUUUCUCAAUUUCGAUGAACCUGCUGAGAUGAGCUCACUGACCUCAUUCCAGACCUGCGCAAGUCCAACCUUCAGCCCUUCAUAGUCCUCAGGUGCACUGGUCACGGCAAAUGUUAUGUGAGAUGCACUGCUACAGCUGGACACUGUCUAUCAAAACAUAAGUCACCAGCACAUAGUUAGCGACUUUCGUGAAGGCGGCGCCAUCUGCGGCGAUUUAAUGACAACUUUCUCUUUCGCUGGUCGUUGGAUGGUGCUGCACCCAUCCAAGUGAGCGGACAGUACUGUAGUAUUAGCCGAACAAGGCCAUGGUAGAUAGUGACCUUUCCUUCUGCGGUUAGGUACUUUGAUGCACGCUUCACGAAGCCAAGCCAGGAGGUGGGGCACGGAGUGUAACAUUACGCGGGUGUAAGCGGAAGAAGAGUGUCUAGAGCAUUGUUAGCCUUUGCGCUCGCUUUCAUUUUAUAGUGUACCAUGGCCUCGUGUUGUUGGCUGUGGCUUGAUGUUACCUUGUUUAUUGGGUCUAAGUAACGUUGAAAUUCCAAGACAAUACGUCGGUGAAUGCUGCGCCAUUCUGGAAACAUUGUGAUGUGUGCCCGGGCCAGUAGAGCUCACCGCCGAGCGGUGUCUUUUCGUCUUCCCGGGCUGUGUGUUGCCUGGGACUUGUCAAAGUGUUUUGAAAACACAGCACAGCUACCUCUCAAUGCUGUUGGCUUGGCUUGGAAUGGAACUUGUCCAGCGCUGUCCCAGAAUUCUAUGACCUGUGAUACUAUAGUACACAGUGUAUCUAGGACUUCCCAAGGUGUGUGUUUGACUAGUCGAUACCCCGAAAGACACCACUCAUUAAUGGUGACUAGGAAGACAGCACAGCAACUCCUUUCGAGACCCUCUAUGACAUUAUGGGCAUGAACUGACAUGCUCUGCCCAAUCCCACACGUCAAUGAACAUUGUGCUCUUCACUUCCUGUGCUCUUCACUUCCUGUGCAAGGUGUUGUGUCAGUCAAAGCUUGAAUCACAGAAUCCGUAUGAGUCCCUCCUCUCGCCUAAGACCUGCCUUUCAGAGCAAAGCUCUGUUGCAUUCUGGGCCGGAAAUGGCCCGAUCCCACAUGUCAACAAACAGUGUGUUCUUCACGUCCUGGGCAAGUUGUUGCGUCAGUUGAAGCUUGAAUCACAGACUCCGUAUCAAUCACUGCUUUCACCGAAGACCUGGCUUUCAGAGCGCUUUUGCAUUCUGGGUCUGAAAUGGAUAUUGUCCUGCCCAAUCCCACACGUCAACAAACAGUGUGCUCUUAGUUUCCUGGGCAAGUUGUUGCGUCAGUUGAAGCUUGAAUCACAGAAUCUGUAUCAAUCACUGCCCUUACCAGAGACCUGGCUGGCUUUCAGAUCAAAACUCUUUCGCAUUCUGGGUCCGAAAUGGCCCAAUCCCACACGUCAAUGAACGUCGUGUUCUUCUCUUCCUGGGCAAGUUGUUGCGUCAGUCGAAGCUUGAUUCACAGAAUCUGUAUUGAUCCCUGCUCUCGCCGAAGACCUGACCUUCCUACCAAAACACUUUGGCAUUCUGGGUCUGAAAUGCAAAACGUCCUGCCCAAUCCCACACGUCAACAAACAGUAUGUUCAUCGCUUCCUGUGCAAGGUGUUGCGUCAGUCGAAGCUUAAAUCACAGAAUCCGUAUGAGUCCUUCCUCUCGCCGAAGACCUGCCUUUCAGAGCAAAGCUCUGUUGCAUUCUGGGCCGGAAAUGGCCCGAUCCCACAUGUCAACAAACAGUGUGUUCUUCACGUCCUGGGCAAGUUGUUGCGUCAGUUGAAGCUUGAAUCACAGACUCCGUAUUAAUCACUGCUUUCACUGAAGACCUGCUUUCAGAGCGCUUUUGCAUUCUGGGUCUGAAAUGGAAAUUGUCCUGCCCAAUCCCACACGUCAACAAACAGUGUGCUCUUAGUUUCCUGGGCAAGUUUUUGCGUCCGUUGAAGCUUGAAACACAGAAUCUGUAUUGAUCCCUGCUCUCGCCGAAGACCUGACCUUCCUACCAAAACACUUUGGCAUUCUGGGUCUGAAAUGCAAAACGUCCUGCCCAAUCCCACACGUCAACAAACAGUAUGUUCAUCGCUUCCUGGGCAAGUUGUUGCGUCAGUCGAAGCUUGAUUCACAGAAUCUGUAUUGAUCCCUGCUCUCGCCGAAGACCUGACCUUCCUACCAAAACACUUUGGCAUUCUGGGUCUGAAAUGCAAAACGUCCUGCCCAAUCCCACACGUCAACAAACAGUAUGUUCAUCGCUUCCUGUGCAAGGUGUUGCGUCAGUCGAAGCUUACAUCACAGAAUCCGUAUGAGUCCUUCCUCUCGCCGAAGACCUGCCUUUCAGAGCAAAGCUCUGUUGCAUUCUGGGCCGGAAAUGGCCCGAUCCCACAUGUCAACAAACAGUGUGUUCUUCACGUCCUGGGCAAGUUGUUGCGUCAGUUGAAGCUUGAAUCACAGACUCCGUAUUAAUCACUGCUUUCACUGAAGACCUGGCUUUCAGAGCGCUUUUGCAUUCUGGGUCUGAAAUGGAAAUUGUCCUGCCCAAUCCCACACGUCAACAAACAGUGUGCUCUUAGUUUCCUGGGCAAGUUUUUGCGUCCGUUGAAGCUUGAAACACAGAAUCUGUAUUGAUCCCUGCUCUCGCCGAAGACCUGACCUUCCUACCAAAACACUUUGGCAUUCUGGGUCUGAAAUGCAAAACGUCCUGCCCAAUCCCACACGUCAACAAACAGUAUGUUCAUCGCUUCCUGGGCAAGUUGUUGCGUCAAUCGAAGCUUGAUUCACAGAAUCUGUAUUGAUCCCUGCUCUCACCGAAGACCUGACCUUCCUACCAAAACACUUUGGCAUUCUGGGUCUGAAAUGCAAAACGUCCUGCCCAAUCCCACACGUCAACAAACAGUAUGUUCAUCGCUUCCUGGGCAAGUUGUUGCGUCAAUCGAAGCUUGAUUCACAGAAUCUGUAUUGAUCCCUGCGCUCGCCGAAGACCUGACCUUCCUACCAAAACACUUUGGCAUUCUGGGUCUGAAAUGCAAAACGUCCUGCCCAAUCCCACACGUCAACAAACAGUAUGUUCAUCGCUUCCUGGGCAAGUUGUUGCGUCAAUCGAAGCUUGAUUCACAGAAUCUGUAUUGAUCCCUGCUCUCGCCGAAGACCUGACCUUCCUACCAAAACACUUUGGCAUUCUGGGUCUGAAAUGCAAAACGUCCUGCCCAAUCCCACACGUCAACAAACAGUAUGUUCAUCGCUUCCUGUGCAAGGUGUUGCGUCAGUCGAAGCUUAAAUCACAGAAUCCGUAUGAGUCCUUCCUCUCGCCGAAGAACUGCCUUUCAGAGCAAAGCUCUGUUGCAUUCUGGGCCGGAAAUGGCCCGAUCCCACAUGUCAACAAACAGUGUGUUCUUCACGUCCUGGGCAAGUUGUUGCGUCAGUUGAAGCUUGAAUCACAGACUCCGUAUUAAUCACUGCUUUCACUGAAGACCUGCUUUCAGAGCGCUUUUGCAUUCUGGGUCUGAAAUGGAAAUUGUCCUGCCCAAUCCCACACGUCAACAAACAGUGUGCUCUUAGUUUCCUGGGCAAGUUUUUGCGUCAGUUGAAGCUUGAAACACAGAAUCUGUAUUGAUCCCUGCUCUCGCCGAAGACCUGACCUUCCUACCAAAACACUUUGGCAUUCUGGGUCUGAAAUGCAAAACGUCCUGCCCAAUCCCACACGUCAACAAACAGUAUGUUCAUCGCUUCCUGGGCAAGUUGUUGCUUCAAUCGAAGCUUGAUUCACAGAAUCUGUAUUGAUCCCUGCUCUCGCCGAAGACCUGACCUUCCUACCAAAACACUUUGGCAUUCUGGGUCUGAAAUGCAAAACGCCCUGCCCAAUCCCACACGUCAACAAACAGUAUGUUCAUCGCUUCCUGGGCAAGUUGUUGCGUCAAUCGAAGCUUGAUUCACAGAAUCUGUAUUGAUCCCUGCUCUCGCCGAAGACCUGACCUUCCUACCAAAACACUUUGGCAUUCUGGGUCUGAAAUGCAAAACGUCCUGCACAAUCCCACACGUCAACAAACAGUAUGUUCAUCGCUUCCUGGGCAAGGUGUUGCGUCAGUCGAAGCCUUGGUGAUCAGCACUUUGGAUGUCACAAAGCCCGUUGUUCACGUCCUUGACACACAUCAGUGGAGUGUGUGUGUUGAUUUCUUACCUAUCACCUGUCCGGGCUGCCAGCAAGUAUUCUGCCGCCAACACUCACAGCCCUCCAGCCAUGACUGUCCAGCGAAGGACGGUCGUCAGCUUGCCACACCGUCGGAAGUACCCUCCGCCGACUCAGUGCAGACUAGCUGUGACAUAGCAGAGUGUAGUCGUCAUGACCUGGUAGCUGUGCUCUGCCAUCAUUGCCAUAAGCGCUUUUGUCUCAAACACCGACAUGCUGUGGAUCAUGACUGCCCGUCAUUGCUUGCGGCGAAUGAGACGGCUAGUACCAAGGUUACCGUGCCUAGUCUGUAUGGGACAAAAACGUCAACUGAUAAAAGUGACGCUCCAGCUAAGAUCGUCAAGAAAGUUGGUACCAAGUCAGCACACACAGCCGCAAAGGUGGCGCUGAUGAAGCUGAAAAUGCACGCCGUCGGUGACAAGGCAAUUCCACAGAUGGAUCGUGUCCACUUCAAUGCCAUUCCCCCUCUUGGAUCUACACAAAAACCCGUGGGUGUGUUCUUCUCGAAUCGCUGGGCUGUUGGUCGGGUGGUGGACUACCUAGCGAAGCACUGGAGUCUGUCACACAACCCAGCGGCAGCAUCCACUGGUGGAAAGCGUCUUCAAGUUUACUGUCACAAUACGGGUGACGUCAUGGAGAUGCCUGUGCUUCUCAGGGACCUCAGUGAUCGCUUGCCAUCAGGCGCUACCAUCAUACUGGAGUAUGCUAGCAGCAAGGACUCUCUCCCUAAUCUGGACCAGUAUAGACUGUGAUGGGAUCACGUGAUGCCUAAAGACGCGACUAUCCGUAUUGCCGGAUAUGCCUAUGUCCCAGACGUCUGCUGGCUGCAAUCCAAGUACAUUCUGCGACCUCAGUGCAGACACGUAAAGCGAAGGGGUGUUUGACCACCUUUACACACAGUGCCUGUAGGCUGAUACAGUAGAGUGUAGGUUGAACAAGACUACACCAAAAGCAGUCCUAGCAUGUAAUUUGCAUGGUUGUACAGUACAUUGUACAUGUUAGCAAUAAUCUGCAUAGUCUACAUGACAGUUUCAUUCUUGCAUGCUCACUAUCACUGUAUCAGAAAGAGUACAUACACUGUACUAAGCUCCCAUAUCAUACUCUUUUACUAGUAUCAGUGUGAUGGUCAUGAUGCUAUCCAACAGUCCGCUUCUGCGUAGAUCCAUACCAUUCCUUCAAGAGGCCAUAAACUGUUUAUGCACUCUUGAUUCCAUUGCAUAUUGUAGAUUUUUCCUGUCUUUGCUACUACCACCACCAUCACACCAGUGACUAAAUGAGAGGGCUUGAAAGCGCAGAGCCCUCGCUAUGCUU